GUGUCAUUAAUCAUCUUCCUAUGUUUUAAUUCUAAUUGUUAUAAAUCACUUUUUCGCUGCACCUCUUUCUCUCUCCUCCAUUGAAGCGUGGUCUGAAUUCUCCAUUGAAGCGCCUUCCAAGCUUUCUCUCCUCCAUUGAAGCAGCUUCUGGGUUGGGUGUUGGUUGUAUUUAUACAUGUUGUGUCGUUGCUUUGGAAGGCUAUGAGGUAGAUUUAUAGGUAGCUUAGUGAGGCAUAUGUUUUAGCCUUACAAUAUGAAUUGGCAUGGGUGUUGAUAUUAUUGAUGUAGAGGGCGGGAACAUGAGGAUCCGUGCCUCGACGGAUAAUGGAGAUGCUGAGGCGAUUGGAGUUGAGGUGUCUCCUACUGGUGUUUAUGUAGCUCAGGAUGAAGUCCAUGUCCUCGAGCCUCAUGUAGGGAUGGAGUUUGAGUCUGAAUCUGCUGCCAAAACAUUCUAUGAUGAUUACGCUAGGCGUGCGGGCUUCAGCACAAAAAUCUGUCAGACUGGCCGUUUCAGACCCGAUAGUGCUGUCACAUCUCGACAGUUUGUAUGUACAAAAGAGGGGUUGAAAAGGAGGCCUUCUGAAUGUGAAGCCAUGCUGAAGAUAGACUUGAAGGGUAACAAGUGGGCUGUGACGAAAUUUAUCAAAGAGCACAACCAUGCCCUAGAGAGCCCUAGUAAGUUGCAUAGUGUUCGGCCACACAGGCAUUUUCCUGGUGCUGUGAAGAAUGUUGCUGAAGUUUAUCAAGCGGGUGUUAUGGUGCCAAGUGGUGUUAUGUAUGUAACUAUGGACGGAAAUCAUGUAAGCCAAACAUCUGUUGAAGCAAAUCGCUUAGCAAGGAGCAUAUCUCCUGUAGAAUCAAGCCGACUGGUGAAAAGCUCUAACUGCAUAAAUCAUGCCAUCAAACCUGCUACCCCAAAGAGGACAUGGGGCAAAGAUGCUCAAAAUAUGCUGGACUACUUCAAAAAAAUGCAGGCAGAGAACCCUGGGUUCUUUUAUGCCAUACAACUUGAUGAAGAUAAUCGAAUGGCUAAUGCUUUUUGGGCAGAUGCAAGAUCAAGGACAGCUUACAGUCAUUUUGGUGAUGUGGUUACGCUGGACACUUCAUACAAAGUUAAUCAGUAUAAAGUGUCAUUUGCUCCCUUCACUGGAGUGAACCAUCAUGGUCAAACAAUUUUAUUUGGUUGUGCAUUGCUUCUAGAUGAUUCUGAGGCUUCUUUUGUUUGGUUGCUGAGGACAUUUGUUACUGCUAUGAGUGAUCGCCCUCCAGUGUCUAUUGUCACUGAUCAACAUAGAGCCAUACAGGCUGCAGUCAGUCAGGAGUUGCCAAAGUCCCGGCACCGCAUUAGCAAAUGGCAUAUCUUAAGAGAAGGCCAGGAGAAGCUGGCUCAUGUUUGUCACAUGCAUCCUAAUUUUCAGGCUGAGCUGUAUAAUUGUGUUAAUCUAACUGAAACAAUAGAGGAAUUUGAAUCUUCUUGGGAUUUUAUUAUUGAUAAGUAUGAUCUCAGAAGGAAUGACUGGCUGCAAUCACUGUAUAAUGCUAGAAGACAAUGGGUACCAGUAUAUUUCCGAGAUACAUUUUUCGCAGCAGUUUCUCCCAAUCAAGGAGUCAAGUGUUCAUUUUUCGAUGGUUAUGUGAAUCAACAUACUACCCUGCCUAUGUUUUUCAGACAGUACGAAAGAGCUAUGGAGUACUGGUUUGAAAAGGAAAUAGAAGCAGAUUUUGAUACAAUAUCCAAUACACCAGUUCUAAGUACACCGUCUCCUAUGGAGAAGCAGGCUGCCGACCUUUACACCAGGAAGAUCUUUACAAAGUUUCAGGAUGAGUUGGUAGAGACUUUUGUAUAUACUGCAAAUAGGAUUGAUGGCAAUGGUGAUACGAGCACAUACAGAGUUGCGAAAUUUGAAGAUGACCAUAAAGCAUACACAGUAACUCUGAACAUCUCUGAUAUGAGGGCAAGUUGUAGCUGCCUAAUGUUUGAGUAUUCAGGCAUUCUGUGCAGACACAUUUUGACAGUAUACACAGUAACUAAUGUUCUGACCUUACCUCCACAUUACAUUUUGAGGCGUUGGACCAGAAAUGCCAAGAGUGUGGUCGCAUUGGAUGAGCCUGGUGCAAAUUAUGCACAGGAAUCAACCCCAUCAAGGUAUAACAGUCUUUGCCGAGAAGCUGUUAAAUAUGCAGAGGAAGGGGCAACAGCUUCAGACACCUAUACUGCAGCUUUAACUGGUCUGAAAGAAGGGGCAAAGAAGAUUGCUGCUGUGAAGAAAAUUGUUGCGAAGGUUGCUCCUCAGACUCCUAAAAAGUCCACUUCUGGCUAUGAUGAUAAGAAAAUAUCUGCAGCUGAUUCACCUUUGUUAUGGCCGAGACUAGACGAAGUUACCAGGCAGUUCAACCUUAAUGACUCUGCCACCCUUCCUCAUUAUGUCAGUGGCAUGAAUCUUCUGCGCAUGGCCCCCGCAUCUGUUCAACGGGAUGAUGGCCCCACAGACAACAUGGUUGUACUCCCUUGCCUUAAGUCAAUGACAUGGGUCAUGGAGAAUAAGAAUUCGACACCAGCAAAUAGAGUAGCUGUAAUCAACCUAAAGUUGCAAGAUUACAGUAAGAGCCCAGCAGUGGAGUCAGAAGUCAAGUUUCAGCUCUCGAUGGUCACAUUGGAACCUAUGCUUAAAUCUAUGGCCCAAAUCAGUGAACAGUUGUCCACCCCGGCUAACAGGGUUGCUGUUAUCAAUUUAAAGCUCUUAUAUGGAAUUCUGGAGAAGUUACUACAAACGCCUUUCUUAAACACCCAAGUGAUGGGAGGAACUGUAUGACUACUGGAUUUCUUCCUUCUCUUCUUGGAUAAAUCUAAAGAUUAUUUUCAUUCAAUUAAAGAUAUUGCUUGAAGAAACUUUAAGAGUUGCAUGUUAACCUGGACUCAAACUCAUCCUGUUAUGCAUUGCUUUGCUUCAACUAAUCCAAUGUAUGUAGUAGAAUCAUUUCAUUGUGGUAAGAAAUCUAAUAUGUGACAAGAUAAUGAGCUAGUGUUGCUUUCAUUUCAUUCGUUCAUUAUCUAUCUGUUGCCUUGUUUGGGUUAUCAUUGUAAACAGAACAUAAUACUUAGAAAUACUUGUCAGCAAUGUCACACUGAGCAAGAUAUCUUUUGCCAAGUUUCGGUGAUGUACACGUAUCCUGUGACCUAUAUAUAUAGUGAUCUGGAGAGUAUAUUCAGUGUUAAGCUUGUCAGGUGCUUUUAAUGAAUCUUUAUACGUAUUUACUGCUUGUUUUAUCAAUGUCAAUGCAUUGUACUAUCUACCCUGACUAUGUUAAGU